AUGACAACAGGCAGCUGCUUCUGCGGAAAUGUCCGAAUUGAGCUUAGUGGCGAGCCUAUGAUAGUGGCCCUCUGCCACUGCCAUGACUGCCGCAAAGUCACCGGCACUCUGUAUUCCUACAACUUCGUGUCCAAAGAUGACAACGUGAAAAUCACGGGGAAUCCCAAAGAGCUACCGAAGACGUCUGACAGCGGAGUUCGGAUCGUGAACCAUUUCUGUGGGGAUUGUGGUACGCCGCUCUUCGGAUACAAAGUAAAUGCCGAUGGAAGCGCGGGUGGAUUUAGGGUUGUGCGUGCUGGUAUUUUCGAUGAUGAGACAGUAAAUAAAUACAAGCCAGGACAUGAAGUCUUUACCAAGAGACGGGUAUGUUGGCUCGAUGCUACGGAAGGAGCUGAGCAGUUUGAGGGGAUGGCGCCUCUGUGA